GUUUCAGAGCCGUCAGCCAGUCCAGCGAAGGAUAACCACAGGAUGAACAGCUACAAGAACAAAGCCCUGAAUGUGGAGGAGAUGAGACGCAGGAGAGAGGAGGAGGGUGUCCAGCUGAGGAAGCAGAAACGAGAACAACAGCUGUUCAAGAGGAGAAAUGUUGACAUGUUGAACGAGGAGGGAGUCAUGUUUGAGAGUCCACUGGUCGACUCGUAUGUGGACUCCACAGCCACAGAGGAAGGUGUCCUAACGAGACGCCUGGUGGAGAUGCUCUUCUCAGAGGACCCAGAGCUCCAACUCACCACCACACAGACGUUCAGGAAACUACUGUCCAAAGAACCCAAUCCACCUAUUGACGAGGUCAUCAACACCCCAGGCAUUGUAGAGAGGUUUGUAGAGUUCCUCAAGAUGAGCGUCAACUGCACAUUACAGUUUGAGGCAGCCUGGGCCUUGACCAACAUAGCAUCAGGUACAUCCAUGCAGACUAACAUAGUAAUCGAGGCAGGAGCAGUCCCCAUCUUUAUAGAACUACUCAACUCUGACUUUGAAGAUGUUCAGGAACAGGCAGUGUGGCGCUUGGGUAACAUAGCAGGGGACAGUGCAGUGUGCAGAGACUACGUACUCAACUGUAAUAUCCUGCCACCACUAUUAAUGCUUCUGACUAAAUCCACCAGACUGAGCAUGACCAGGAAUGCAGUGUGGGCUCUGUCUAACCUGUGCAGGGGGAAGAGCCCCCCACCUGUAUUUGAGAAGGUAACACCCUAAUCCCACCCACUGUCCCAACCCCCUGCCCCCAUCUCUAUAUUAGAUGUAUCCAAGGAGCCCUAUGGAAGUCUAAAUGAAACCAUCUCUAUAUUAGAUGUAUCCAAGGAGCCCUAUGGAAGUCUAAAUGAAACCAUCUCUAUAUUAGAUGUAUCCAAAGAGCCCUAUGGAAGUCUAAAUGAAACCAUCUCUAUAUUAGAUGUAUCGAAAGAGCCCUAUGGAAGUCUAAAUGAAGCCAUCUCUAUAUUAGAUGUAUCCAAAGAGCCCUAUGGAAGUCUAAAUGAAACCAUCUCUAUAUUAGAUGUAUCCAAAGAGC